AUAUGUAAUCUCUUACAGAUUUCCGUUUUCGCAAUUACAUGUACUCUAUACUACGUGUUCAUUGUGUAUUUGUUAAUUUAAAGAAAUGACAAGUUGGUUGACUAUACCGUUAUUCAUUUUUGCUUUGAAAUUUUCUGUGGGCUGUUUUCAAACAGUGUCUUUGGAAGCAGUUACACCAGUGUUCUUGGGAUAUGAUGUCAAUAUGUUCUGCAAUGCAUCAGAAUUUAAUGAUUGUUGUUACAACACUAGACGAUGGUCUCGCACAGUAAAUAAGACAGAAACUGUGUUGAUUUUAGAAGGAGUAUCUGCCUUUCCUGAAAAGUUCACAGAAAUUGUGCAUUCUGAUGGGUUCAGGCUGAUUUUAAGGAAAUUGAACAAAAGUGACAUCAGUUUUAUAUAUACCUGUGCUUAUGGUUUCCACACAUCAAAUCAAACGUUGAAAGAGAGAAACAGUAUUUACUGUACCAACACAGGAAUUACGGAAAAAAGGAUUUAUAAUUCAUCCAUUUCUGCAAUCAUCGGUUUGAUAAUUAUUAUUUUCUAUUGUCUUUAAACUGCAUGUUCUGAUUUAUGUUUAUCAGAAAAACGAACAACAUAUAUGAAAAAAUCAAUGCAAAAAAGAGGAAUAUGAAAAAAGGAUUAAUAAAAAUAUAUCCUAAUAUUUAGCGAAUACGCUUACCAAAACUCAUGUUAAUAUAUCCAUUUUUAAAACUAAUACUCAUUUCAAAAAUUAAAACAGAAAACUUAAUUCCUUUUUGAAAUUAUAUAUUUCUACCAUUCCAAUGAAUCAUUGUGUCAUGUAAGGUCUAUAACAGACUAUUAUUAAAAAUUCCCAAAUCAUAUGCAAGUCCUCACAACACCAAGACUUAUCCGUAUAUAGAAUACCUAAAAUAGGAAGCCAUGCAAUUGAAAAUGAAACAAAUUCUUGAUUAAUACUAAUCAAGAAAUCAUUGGUUAAAGUUUGCAAAUUAUCCUACUUGUCCGACUAUGUUCCCAGCAGAGCUACCUGUAAAGAUAAAGAAAAUUUUAUGUAUCGUGUAGCCUACAAAAAGAAAUGUACUAUGACAUUAGAGCGAAGUGCUUGCUGCGAUCACUAAAUUGCACAACAUAUGCGUCUAGGUUAGUCUACGAAAAUACGUAAACUAUAAAAUUAGGAGCGAGGGACUUGUCCCGAGCACUAAGUUGAAAACCUUUUGGUUAACUUUGUAAACAAUGCAAUUCAGCACAUAUUUACAACUCGCGUAAAAUUUAAAUUGAUCUAUUGGUAGUUUAUUAUUAUACACAAAAGUAACACAAUAAACAAUGAAAUCGAUACAGCACAAUAUGAAAAAAUACUUUGUCAAAUACAAUACAACACUCAAAUUCUAAAAGAUUAUAAAUCAAAUGUUACAAUCCGUUCUCGUCUGA